AUGAUAUUUGCCUAAAAUUUAAUCUCUUUAAUUUUGACAUUCAGAUGGUAGAUUUAUCAACAAUGUUUUCGUGUAUGGCUUGUACUGAUCUGUGGACCUUUAGAGCUGCUGUUCAAAGUUUAAACUCGUUCUAUUUGUCGCUUGUCGGGUAUUAACUAACAUAUUUGAAUGGGAAAACUGGGCGUGUUGCCAUGCGUACUAGCUGCGUAGUAACAAACUAAUUUAACCUGACCAUGCACAAAUAAUUGCUACAUGCAAAUGGAUUAGAAGAAGAGAAACGCACUGAGUUGUUUGGUUUCUUCUUGUCCAUGUCACCAUGUUGCAUAGGUCCACAAAAUAUUCAUCAGUCGCAGAUAAUGACGUGAAGAAAGCCAACCUCGUUCCUAGUUGUGAUUCCAAAUAGCAAGAUAUAGACAUAUUGUAACACAGACACCGUCGCUAACUUAUUUUCCCUCGGUACUUUUUUCGAUUUUCUGUCGUCGAAACGCGCAUGAUAGAAAAUUCAAGGGCGGAUUGACUAAUGGCUAACUUUAAAACAGAAGGUUUUUACCGCAAUAGAUUCUUCUCGAACAUAAAAAGCCGACCACAUGAACCAAAGUGUUGCUAUACUAGCAUGUUUGGCGCUGAAACGACUAACUAGAGAAAAUACUCUGUGAUAUUUUUAUGAUGGGAUACAUUAUUCUAAUUUUGUUAUCUUUAAUUCCUCUUUUAUUAAGAUCAGUGCCGAUCAAAUUUCACGUUACCGGAAGCCCACUAUUAGAAGAAAGACAGUUGCUGCACGGCCGCCAGUUGAGAGCUUCAGCUUUUAACUUCAUGCCAUGUCUUUCCGCUACGAAAAUGUCAUCAGGAAAUUACUCUUAUUUUGGAAUCUGCAAUGAUAUUAUUAAGUGGGUUUCUGAACAUUUUCAAAUGGAGCUGAUUUACGUGCCUGUCGACAACACGGAUAGAGUCAAACUUGGCAUAGUACCUGCGCUCAUCAAGCAAAUAGUGAAACAGGAAGUCGACGUUAUCCCGUUCUCGUUCGUUCCCACGCCAGGUCUGUUGCUACAAAUAGAUUGCUCUAUUCCGCUCACGGUGGAAGACUAUUAUUUAUUACAGCCGUGGCCAAAGGAAGAGAGCCGCCUUACCGCUUGCAUCAGACCCUUCUCUUUAAACGUUUGGAUGUUAUUCUUCUUUUCGGUAAUCGCCAUCAUCGUUUUCAUGGCUCUGCUGACUCAUUAUUACCAUCAGUGGGGUACGGAAAGAAAGUCCAAGAGUUUCAUGAACGAUAUUUACGAUCACACUUUGUACACCAUGACAAUUAUCGCCGGACAAGGGAAUCACAUAUCUGCCAAAGCCAAUAUUUCACUGCGACUAGUGGCAGGUGUGUGGUGCCUGACGAUGGUCGUCCUGGUAAACGCAUAUACUGGCACUUUAAUGUCUUAUUUAACUGUUCCCAAGCUGAGGCCGAUAGUCAACACGCUGGAAGAAUUGGCGGCCAGUAGCGAGACGAGAAUGACGGUUGAUUUUGAAUUGGGCAAGGCUCGCAUGUUUCUGGAGGCCACCUCUGGCCCGAAUAAAGUUAUUGGCAAUUCGCUUCGCAACAAUCCACAGUUGUUAAUCAAAGGAAACACUUUAGACGGAGUGAAAAAUGUUUUACAGCGAGGCGCUACUUACUUUGCUAAUCAUUUGCUCGUCAACUACUUCUUGGCGAUGGACAUGAAAAGCCAUCAGGAAUGUCGCAUGACCUAUUCGGAUCCCAUUCCGUUCGUCGAGUAUUACUCACUGGGUUUACCCAAAGGCGGCCGACACAAUUCCAUCAUCAAUCACGAUUUGCAGUAUUUGUGGGAAAACGGUUUAAUUUCCCACUGGAUGUUGCAGUACACGCCCAACGUCGACAAGUGCAUGGUAGGUAAAAUCAAACCCAGUGGAAAGAUGACGUAUUUGACUCUAACAGACCUGUCGAGCGCUUUUGCACUGCUCGGCAUUGGAAUUGGACUAUCUGUUUUCGCGUUUGCGUUGGAAAGGAUGGCGUUCACGAAAUCAAAUCGACGAAACAAGAUCCGCCGUAAAGAGAAAAUGCAAUUUUACGGCCUCUGAAUUCACGACGAAAUGUAGUCGCUAUAAAAAUGGCUAGAUUUAUCCUAAUGUAAGGCUAUUCAACUAGUCCGAUAUCAAACGUUUAGUAUUUUAUAGCACUUUGUAGCCGGAAGGCAUGGUAUUCAAUACACAACUAUACUAAAAAGA